AUGUAAGAAAAACAUAAGAAUAUAUCUCUGAGAAUUAAGAAUAUUGAAAAUAAAAAUCAAGCAAUAACCAUCGAUGAUGACGAACCUAAUAUAUAAAAAUAAAUAAAGUAAAAUGAGUACUAAUUUGACGGCGAGAUUACUCCAUGGCUUAGUCAAAAUACAGCAUCUAUUAAACAUCCAACAAUUAGAUUUCACAAUGAGAUCAUUGAUUUUUAUGAUUACAUCAUUCCUACAUCUGAAGAACAUAGAAGAAGAGAACAAGCAAUCAUGAGAGUUGAAACAUUUAUAAAGGAAUUUGCUUCAGAAGUUGAUAUCUAAGCAUUUGGUAGUUUUAAAACCAAACUUUAUUUGCCUAAUGCAGAUAUUGAUGUUGUGAUGAUAGACAAAAGUAUGUCUGCUAAAGAAUUGUAUAAAAAAGUAGCCUAAAGUUUGAUGAAAAGUGAUAAGUUUGAAAAUGUUAAUUUAAUUGCCAAUGCAAAAGUACCAAUUAUAAAAUUCUUUGAAGUUGAAUCUCAAUAUCAAUUUGAUAUAUCAUUUAAUUAGAUGGAUGGCUUAAAAUAAAUUGAUGAAAUUCGAAAAGCAUUUACAAUCUACCCUGAAUUCAAAUAUCUAAUAAUGAUCUUAAAAUGUAUGUUGAAGUAGCGCGAGUUAAAUGAAACAUAUAGUGGAGGAAUCGGCUCCUUUUUACUUUUUCAAAUGAUUUUAGCCUUCUUAAGAGAAAUCAGAAAAGAGGCAUUUGCGAAUAAAAAAUAAGAACAAUUGAAAAAUAUAACUUUAGGAGAGUAUAUAUUAAGGUUCUUAGAAUUCUAUGGCUAGAAAUUUGAUUAUCAAAGAAAGCGAAUUUUGAUGAUAAAUGGAGGAAGUAUAACAAAUAAACCUACUCCUGAUGAUAAGUUUUCGUUGAUAAGUCCGUAAGAUCCUGAUCACGAUAUUGGAAGUGGCAGUUUUAAAAUAAAGGAGAUUUUUAAAAUCUUUGCAAACAGAUUCAAUUUUAUGUCUAAUUAUAACUUCAAGCCAGAAGAAUCUGUUUUGAAGUACUUAAUUAACCCUUCGGAUUAAAAAUUUACUUUUAUCAAGCAGAUUUGA